CAUAUGAUUUUACCAGAUUGGAUAUAUUUCUGAAUCCUAUAUAGUCAUUUGUUGCUUGUAAAUGUUGUCAAGGACAGAAAAAGAAUGAAUGAUUUUUCUGAUUUGUUUCCUGCAUUUUCGCCAGUUGAGAAUGGGGAGAGUGGAGAUUUAUAUGAUAUUGUAAGGCAACACUCAUUGGACUGCAAUAAAGGCUUCCAUAUUCUAAAGGAAAAUGAGCAUGGUGGGGAUGUGGAUAAGGAUAAGAAAAGUAUUAACAGUGGAACAGAGAGGGCAACGAGAAGGCGUAUGAUAUCCUGCUUGUCUGAGCUAAAAUCUCUACUGCCACCAGAGAAUGAGAAGAAGAGGGUACAACAGAGAAAAAUCUCAACCAGUGAGCUUCUAUGGAAAGCUACAGACUACAUUUCCCAUCUACAAGGAAAGGUGGAUGGGCUUACCAAGAAAAAGGCAGACAUGAAAAUGAAGGGAGUGCAGAAAAGCUGCUUUUACAAGUUAGAUGAGAAGGAUUUUCCAAUGGUGAAUGUAAGCCAUGUGUGUUUGGAUGUUUUAAUCACAACUGACACAAGAAUAGAUGACAUGGUGUUGUCUAAGCUUAUAGCUUCUGUUGAAGAGCAAGGCUUGCAAGUGCUGACUGCAUCCUCUUUCACCACUCAUGAUAGAAUCACUCACACCCUUACUUGUAAGGUCUGCCAUGCAAGGAGCUUUCAUGGCAGCACAAAGCUUGGUGAGAGCAUCUGGAAUUUGAUGAGAGAUUGGAACAUUUCAUCUUGUUAGAUGUCAAAGCUCUUAAAUUGUGCAUGGCUUAUAGAUUAGGUCAAAGAUUUUUCUUACAUUCAUGUAAUUGAAAGUGUGUAAAUGAAUGUCUUCUGAUAUGUAGUGUUGCAGUUAAAACACUUUCUUGGUGAAGCGGCCACCAAGGUGUAGAAAUAUAAUAUUAAUUAUUGAUUUUAAUAUAAAAUUAUAAUUUAUGUAUAAAUAUAUUGUAUGAAAUAAGAAAGUAAAAAAAUAUAAAUAA